UUAAUAAGAAGAAUUAGAUUCAAGUGCUGCUGGAAUGUUCAAUACAAAGUCUUUGUGAAGAAAAGUCACACAAAAUGUGUGUGAAAUGCACACCGAUUUGAUAGGCUAUUUUUACAUUUUAUUUUUCUCACUUUUAAGAUUAUGCUGAAACAGUGUUAUUAGGGGCCAUUGAAUCAGCGCUAGUAAACUUUUUGGAGAUCACUAAAAUGGGGGAAAAUAUUUCUUUAAACUUCUGAAUGAAAGGGCACUGCGUAUACUUAUAAAUAUUAUAGGCCUAUAGUUUUGUUUUCACUUUGCACGAUGCAAAUAAAUAUAAACUGUAUAAUUAUUCCCACCACAUGUGAUAAUAUACUAGUAUAAACUUUUCAAAUGUUAUAUUUUAAGUCGCAAAACCGUGUUCAAAUAUGGCUUCUUUGCCAGAGGUGGGCUCUUUGUCUCAGGCUCUUUUCUCUGCUCCGUGUGGGGAAAUGCCAAGGAUGUUUCUUUCCAUAACGAACUCAUAAAUCAAAGUCUUUCAGGCAAGCUGACAGCACCAAGACAAUCACUGCCUGUGAAACGUCUACCCAAAUAAGCGUUUUCACUCACUGUUUAUCAUUAAGAAGAUUUUGGAUCCUGAAGCACAGCCCACGUGGACGGAUAUAUAAUUCAUUUUUAUUGGCGUUUUAACACCCCGCAUUAGGAUUACACAAAACACUCAUAAACUACAUAUUUCAUUGCGCGUGCCAUGCGCAGUUUGUCUUAGUCUCUUUUAAGCUUUUUUCUUGUCCUCCUAACCUGACUGAAAUAUUGUGAAUGGUUCAUAACCGUUAUAUUAAAAAACUUUCAACAAUAUUUUUAUAUUAAUAAAAUAGCAUUAUAAUCAUUAUAAUAAAAGCAGCAUUUUUAUGUUCACAUAUUUCUACCUACACUUCCUUAACAUCUUCCCGUAAUAUUGUCCCUUGAAUUUACUGCAAUACUUUACCCUUGUUGUUGUUGUUUUGUUUGUUUUUUUGUUUUUUACUUCUAAUGACGGAUUCUUAGUCACAUUUUUGCUUAAAUGCAUUGGUGAUGCAGAUACUCUGGCUUGCUACAAAAAGAUGUAGAUGGCUUCCCUUGUUUGUAAGGGACCAUGAUGGGAAAAGAGUGUUAUGAAGAGGGGACGAGAAAUACUAGGCCGCCAGAAGCUUGUGGAAAGCGCCAUUUUGAGGAGAAAAAAAAAACCCAUUGGACAUCUGUAAGAAAUUUCCCAUUUUCAUCCACAGGGGGCGCAUGUCUCCCCUGCUCCAUUUGGCUAGGAGAUAUGAAUACACUCUCUCUUGCUUAUGAUAUCUGAUAACUUUUUGACCACUGAUAACAAAACACAUUCAGCAAAACAAGCAAUCCAGUUCGUUUGUAUCUUAUCGGAUAGCCUGCCGGAUUUUGACAUAAAUCGCUUAUAGCAGUAAUAAAUCUACAGUGGGCUGGCUAGGACAUGGCUUUUUAUUAUAUAAGACUCAGCCUUAUUAAAUUAUAAAAGCAUUUUAAUGAAAAGAUUGUAAACAAAAAUAAUACACUCAGUUAUAUAAUCAGUUUAUCAUUUUGAUACUCAAGGCCGAACUGACAAAAGAUGAUGCCCACAGCCUAUAAUAGCCUCACAAAGCGACGCAAUUGACUCACGAUAUACCUAGAUAAUAAACCAGAAGAAAAAAGACAUUCACUUUACAUUAUUUCCCUGUGGUUUGGAGCUCAUCUUACCUUAAGCAUUUCUUCAAAAUAUUUCUCCACAACAGUAUGUUGAUGCUGCCCGGACGUUGUCUGUGAGACACUUGCUCCUCUGCCAGCGAAUCCAUCCUUUCAAUGGGGGUUAAGGUGGGCCUACGUCACGUAGAUCGACAAGAGGUCGGCAUUUACAUAAGUCUCGUCUUUAACGACAACCUGUCAGUGCAAGGCCACUUAAGAUCAAGAUGAGACAGAACAACUGAUCACUGGCUGACCCAGCCCACGUGACUGUCACUGGUCAUUCAUAUCACUAGUGCGCGGACACCCCCCAAUCCACGACUGAUUGAAGGAGGCAGAAGGGUGGCUCGGCUCAACCCCGGGUGAGUGGUGAGACGUUAAUCAGUCCCCGGGCCCAAAGAUCUGUCAGUGUGGCAGCCACGCGCAGAGACGCCCAGGAAGAUGCUACAAUGAGCACAUUCUUAGAUUUCUCGGCCAUAAGUGGUGGUGGAGACGGAGGUGGCGGAGGCUCGUGCUCAGUCAGAGCGUUCCAUGGCGAUCACGGACUUUCAACAUUCCAAUCAUCGUGUGCUGUUAGGGUAAAUAGCUGCAGUGGAGACGAGCGGUUCAUGUCCAAUAGAUCAUCACAAGACGCAAUUAACCCUCAGCCAAAUCAAGCCGGCUCGUACCAGUCCCCAGGGACUCUGUCAAUUACCUACAGCGCCCAUCCAAGUUACGGGACUCAGAGUUUUUGCUCCGGAUACAGUCACUAUGCCCUAAAUCAGGAUGUGGACUCGUCUGUAAGCUUUCCCCAGUGUGGCCCUUUAGUUUACUCUGGAAAUAUUUCCUCCACGGUUGUGCAGCACCGUCACCAUCGCCAUGGUUACAGUAGCGGAAACGUUCACCUACAUGGCCAGUUCCAGUACGCCUCAGCCACAUAUGGUAAUAGUCCGGAUCAGGCAAACCUUACAUUUGUGGCGGGCUGCUCAAAUCCGCUCUCCCCUCUGCAUGUGACUCAUCACGAUGCUUGUUGUUCACCUCUAUCAGAUGGUGUGUCCACAGGGCAGACAUUUGACUGGAUGAAGGUUAAACGAAACCCGCCAAAAACAGGGAAAGCUGGAGAGUAUGGAUUUGGUGGGCAGCCAAACACUGUACGCACCAAUUUUACCACAAAACAGCUGACAGAGCUUGAAAAGGAGUUUCAUUUCAAUAAGUACUUGACUCGCGCGAGGCGUGUGGAGAUCGCGGCUGCGCUCCAAUUGAAUGAGACUCAAGUGAAGAUUUGGUUCCAAAAUCGCCGUAUGAAGCAAAAGAAACGCGAAAAGGAAGGUCUUUUGCCCAAAUCUCCAUCCGAACUGAAGGAUGGUCUCGAAAAAACCGAGGAUGCAUCAGAAAAGUCGCUCUCCACUCCAUCCACGCCCUCUCCCACUUCCCCGACUGUUGAUGCCUACUCCUCGAAUUAAACGGCUCUCACGUUUGUUCUGCCAACCUGUUAUCGCAGAACUGUUAGUUACCUCGUUUCAAGGUCAUUGUCAAAAUCAUCAUGUGACAUACAGUGUCAUACAGAGACCAUUACACAACUUUGCUUCGACCUGGACCAUUUUGACCACUCAGUGUAUUUACUUGUGCUACUUUGUGUUAUUGUGAAAUGACUGUUAAUAGUUUUGGCACCUUGUCAAGCACCUAGAUAGAACAAGUGGAUUGUGCAUUUUCGUACACAGUAAUAGCAAAUGCUGCACUUUUACACACGUCUUUGUUCGGACUUGUACACCACUUGUCAAAUGCCUACCUCAAGAACCAAAAGAAAUAGUGCAAUAUAUUUAAGUAAUGUAUUAUUAAGAGAGAUUAAUCAAUUGUUACUCUCGUCAAAGGCUUGUUUGAAGAUACUGACAACUUUUCUGGACCGUGCAUAGUGUUAACCCUGAUGUUGUGAAUGUGUUGUGAGUUUUGCAACAUGAUGCGCAGUUUUUUAUGUUGACGUUGGUCAUACUGAGUUUUAUCAGUCGGAGAUGAAAGCACUAAUCUCCGUUAGUAACAUGCUUUAGAAAAAGAUCAAGAUACGGGUGAAAUAAAUGUGUGAAUUAAAAAUGCUCUUAACUACAA